AUGGGAGUGGACUGCACACCAGCAGGCUCCUCGAGAUCAGUUACAGUUAUCGAGGAUCAUGAGCUGUUUGAUGUCAGUUUCUACCCCUGGGCCCCUGGGACCAGUGACCUACUUGAAUCCUGCCUCUCAGAACGUGGCCAUGCAGCCCUUAUGAAAUUGGUUGUUGACAUCGAGUUUUAUGUGCAGUGUGCAGAUGUGAAGAUCAUCAGCAAUGCUGGACCGAUGCUGCCAAGCCCAAUCACUGCUAUCGCUGGAAUCGAGCACUUGCCGCAGGACGCUUCAGGAUACCGCAAGGUAUAUAAUGGGCAAGGUCCCGAGCAACAGUAUUUGGUCGGUCCAGCUGUUGCUACCUACAGUGUUUGCAGCAUUGGAGCACCAGGUUGCAUCUCGGACAUUGGUUUGCAGCCAAUCGCUCAAAGCACAUCACAGAUGCCAGCAACGUCCGAAUCUCCAACUGAGCCCCAGACUACCGCACCAUCAGCAGGAGAUGCAGUUUGCAGCUGUAAUGCUGGCACCGAAUGGAACGGUGGCUUUGCCCGAUAUGCAUUGGGAGAGGACUUUUGCAGUCAGAAUUUUGGCGGUGCCAACCCUUGGAUCUCUGGCGGAAGCAACGGAGGCUUCAGCGGGGCCGCAGCUUGUGUCACAGAGUACACAUUCAAGGAAAACUAUUGGCAGAUCUUGGUUGGCCAGGAUGCCUUGGGGAAAUCGCCGCAUCGAGCGUUUGCCUAUGCCCAGUUCUGCAACGGCAAGGCAUACCGAGAGUGCUGGACUUCAGAAAAGGUGACCUUCUCUUUUUCAUUGAUGGUUGAGGGCCUCAGCUUGACCGGCGCAUAUGUAAAGGUUCUUUUCUGGACAGAUGCUGGCAAUAUUCUGGGGCUGCUGCCCCCAAGCGGCUUGGAACACAGUUGA